AUGACUGAUGAUGAAGGAUUCUUUCGGCGAAGAUCGCAUUUCGUUGCCGGAACGAGCGAUGUUUCCAGACCGUGGAUGCAAAUUGAUGGCAUGCCCGCGAGACAGUCAGUCGUCCUUGUUCACCGUCUCGCUUCCUUGACCGCACGAAGUCCUGCAGAGGAACAUGUAGCCAGCGGCGUAAUUCGAGAUCUCGAAACGCUCGUAUCGGAACUUGAUAUAAAACCGGCAAUCUUAGGCAUCCUUUCUCAGAUGGGGCAAUUCUCCAAGAUCUGCGAAACAACCUACACCUUUGGAAUAGCCAUGGACCCUGAAAGACAGGCGCAGAUGAAGAUUUUGUUCUCAUUGAGAAAUGUCUGUCCGCAACCCCGUCGUGACACGAAUAUACUUUGCUGGGUGGUCAAUCAUAUCACCAUUUUCCAUCAAUUAAGCAGCGAAGAAGAUAAGCCAAUUUGGUUUCUUAUGGAGGACUAUGAUUCAGUCUUGGUUUUUCUUAAUGGCGAAGGUGAAGACAGCCAUCGCAGAGAGGACAUGGGUGUGGCUAACCUGCUGAAUCUUUGCAAAAUUGGAUGGACGGCAGCUCUGCGAGACAUCGAGAGAAACAUCUUCAUAAUGAGAUCAGACAUGGUGGCUCAACAAGAACCCCCACCGGCAGUGCUAUUGUCGACUCUACAGCUAAUGCUCAUUGGCUUAUCAAUUAAUCUCUCAACAAUCGCAGAUAUGACCCAAAUGGCCAAGGGUCCCUGGACUAUGAACUCGCGUGCGGCCAGAAGCUUUGGAAUUAAAGAAGACUUACGCCAUCAACUUGAAAAGCUUGAAUGGAUAUUGAACAGCCACAAAAGGCAGGCAAAUCUUCUUAACGACCAGCUUGUUGAGAUACUGAGCAAGAGAUCAAUCUCUCAGCAAACUACUAUCGCCUUCAGCUCGGCCAAAUUGCAAUAUCUGUCGCAGAACCAUUUCCGAGGGACUGCCUACGUGAUUGUGCUGUUUCUGCCUGGAAUAUUCGUCUCGUCGUUGAUGGCAGCCGGUAUCUUUGGUGACAACCAGGUAUCUUAUCUGGCGAUUUGGCUGGCGUUCGCUCUCCCUUUCACAGCUGUGGCCAUAGGCGUACUCCGAUUUCUCUGGGUCGAGCCGAUUCUGAAAGAGGAGGUAAUGGAGCGCCUUGGUGUGCAGGAGGGACUUUGGACCUGGCUAACAAAGUGGUGGCGGCGAAAACUAAAUCAUGACACAGAAUUCGUGCUCGGGAAGGGCAAAAUGAGUGAACCAACUACCGAUCCUGUGGCUGCAGCCUCACCAGGCCUCGGUUCUGUUUGA